AUGCCACCAAAGAAAGAUGCAUUUGCUGACUUAUUUCAAUCGGCAAACUCUUCAAAUAGUGUCAAUAAUAAACUAAAUAAAUUAUCAUUAUCAGAACGACAAAAAUUACAACAAAAACAACAGCAACAGCAAACUCAAUCUCAACAAUUACCAAAACAAUUUGGUUCAUUGAAUUCAAGUUGGUCAAAUUUAGAUAUUUUAUCAACACAGAAUAGUUCUAAUUCUUCACAAAUACCAAGUAGAGUAUCAACUCCAAAGGCUCAAGCCCAAGGUCUUAAUAGCAUUAACAUUAAUAGUAUUAAUAAUGAUUAUAAUAAUAACAAUCAUAGCAUAAAUUCAACUUCAACGAAUAUAGAUGAAGAUCCAUUUGCAAUUUUUAAUAAACCUGAACCAAAAGUUGAAUCCAAUCAAUCUCAAUUGAAGACUUCAAAUAAAAAUGGCAACCAACAAAAUCAAUCUUCGAAUCAUAUAUCAUUAUUAGAUGAUGAUGAUUUUAUAGAUGUUUAUCCUGAACAAAAACAACAACCGCAACAACAACAACCUAAACAGCAAUUACAACCACCUUCAAAACCAACUAGACCAGAUGUUAUACGAAACAAUUCCAAUACAUCAAAUAACUCAAUCAAUUCAAAUAGAUCAAAUAGGUCAAAAUCCACUAACACUACUACAACAAAAUCAGAUCAAAUAAUAGCAGAAUUAAUAGAUAUUGGAUUUACAAUUGAAGAAUCAAAUGAAGCAGUUAAUUCAGUAGGUUCAAAUUUACAAGAUUGUGUUAAUUAUAUAAUGAAUAAAAAUUCAAAUUCAUCAUCAUCUUCACCAACAAGGUCUUCAUCAAGAACAACUACAAGAAAUGGUAAUAACAAUGACACAACAACAACAUAUUAUGAAGAAGAUGAUUCUAUAUUAGGUAUAAAACCAGAAAAAUUAAAUUUUAAUGAAAUUAGUAAUGACUUGUUAAAAAAAGCAAACUCGUUCUAUAAUUUUUCAAAAAAGAAAGUUAUUGAAAAUUUAGAAAAUUUUAAUACUGGAAGUAGUGGUUCAAAUGAUAAUUUACCUCAAUGGAUGAAAAAUCAAAAUAAAUAUAAAUCAAAAACUACUGAGAAAAAUGGCGAUGAAAUUGAUUAUGGUGAUGAUGAUGAUGAUAAUAUAAAUCAAGAAGAAAUUGCAAAGUAUAUGAGGUUACAAAAAGAAAAAGAAAGACAACGAUUAAAAGAAAGGAAUGAAGAAAAAGAUUAUUUACCUUCCAGACCUCAAAGACCUACGUCUAGAACCGAAGUCCUGGAUUUUUUACCUUCAAGACCUCAAAAACCUAAUUCAAGAACUUCAUCACCAAUAAAUCCCCCACCUAAACCUCAAAGACCUUCAAGUUCAUCAAGAUCAAAUUCAAAUAAUGGAGGUAUACUGCAUUCAACACAGCAAAAUAAUAAUACCACUAUUGCAUCAAAACCUUCGUCAAAACCACCUGUAGAAGUCGAAGUAGACCUUUUAGGACUUUCUUCCCCUUCAUCAUCAAAUCCGACAACUUCAAGUCACUCAUCAUUGCGAGAUUCAACACCAUUAAAUCAAAUUAUUGAGUCAGAAUAUAUAACAAAUAAAACAAAAGCAACAGAACUAUUUAAAAAUGGAGAUUAUAUUGAAUCAUUAGAAUUAUAUAAAAAAUGUUUACUCGCGUUACCUCCAAAACAUGAAUUUAAAGUUAUAAUAUUAUCUAACCUAUCAUUAAUUAAUAAAAAUUUAGGUCAUUUAAAAGAAUCUUUAAAUAAUUGUGAAGAAGCAUUGGAAUUAAUAUCAAUUGAUGAAUGUAACAACCACGAAAUUAAAAUUGAUGGUAAAUCUAUAAAUUAUUGGUUUGUAAAAAUAUUAUCAAUAAAAGCUGAAUCAUUAGAAUUAAUUGAAAAAUUUAAACAAUCUUUGGAUGUGUAUAAUUUAUUAAUUUCAAAAUUUAAUAAAAAUGAUAAAAAAAUUAUGGAUGGUAGAAGAAGAGUUGAUAAAAUUAUAAAUCCUGAAAAUUAUAAACCAAAACCAGCACCAAAAUCAACACCAAAACAACUAAAUAAACCAGUGAAACCUACUAUUUCAUCUACUUCAAAGCCAAAACAACAAGAAGAAAAAGAAUUAGAUACACUAGUAAAAGAUGAAAUAAUAAAUAAGAUAAAAAACUGGCAAUCUUUGAAAAACAACGAUAUUAGAAAAAUGUUAAUCAACUUGGGAGAAAUAUUACCAUCAAAUUUACCAAAUAAAAAUUUAUUAAAUCUAAGUACAAAUGAUGUUAUAUUAACAAAACAAAUUAAAUUAAAUUAUUUAAAAAUUAUAAAUAUGAUUCAUCCUGAUAAAACUUAUGGACUUUUUAAAAAUGAUUCAAAACUGAAAUUUUUAUGUAAUGAAAUUUUUAUAAUUUUAAAUGAAAGAUGGGAAUUAUUUAAAAAAGAAGAGAAUUUAUAA